CGUGAAUGACUUCCCAUAACUAGAACCAUCAGCCGGAGUUCAAGAUGGCGAUCAACGAACAGCCAAUAUAGCAACUAAUCGAUCAUUAAUAUAACUAAUCUAAGUCUUUAUACUAUAAUAAGCUGUACGUGUUAUGUCAGUAUUUCCCAUCAGGUUCUUAUGCCGUCCUAAAGCAGUGGCUAUCUGACACUAGUUAUUAGAGAGACUGCGUGUGUUGCUUUUUAGCUUACGCCAAAUACAAAUAGUUGCUGUGAUCAGCUUUAUGAAACAGUGUGGAAUGAUUGGGAAGUUUUCAUUAGUUUGGAGGUCAACAUGUCGCUAAGAGAGUUGAAAGUAUGCCUUCUUGGGGAUACAGGGGUUGGAAAGUCAAGUAUCGUGUGGAGGUUUGUGGAGGAUAGUUUUGAUCCCAAUAUUAAUCCCACAAUUGGAGCAUCGUUUAUGACAAAGACUGUGCAGUACCACAAUGAGCUUCACAAAUUCCUCAUCUGGGACACAGCAGGACAAGAAAGGUUUCGUGCCCUGGCUCCCAUGUACUACAGAGGCUCUGCUGCGGCUAUCAUUGUGUAUGACAUCACUAAAGAGGAAUCUUUCCAGACGUUGAAGAACUGGGUGAAGGAGCUUCGCCAGCACGGACCACCCAACAUAGUGGUGGCUAUCGCUGGCAACAAAUGCGAUCUCUCCGAUUCCAGAGAGGUGUCAGAGAAGGAUGCCAAGGACUAUGCUGAUUCCAUUCAUGCAAUAUUUGUUGAAACCAGUGCCAAAAAUGCCAUUAACAUCAAUGAGGUCUUCAUUCAGAUAAGUCAAAGGAUCCCAGUUUUAGACACGGAUGGCGGGUCUGCAGUAAAGGGCUUCAAACUUCGUCGCCAACCAUCAGAGUCGACCAGGGAACGCAGUUGCUGUUGACACAACAAUUUGGCCAGAUCCUUGUUUUAUUUUCAAUUAAUAACCAAGGAUAAUAGCAGAUGAAGAAUGUGAUGUCAUAGGGGGAGUUACGUAACUUCCUUUUGGAGCCCAAAAAAAGAUUAAAAAUUAGAUGUAUAGUUAUAAGCCCUUUGCACUUCCUUGAGAAAAGAUGAAAUUGUCCCCAUAUAUAGUCGUUGUACUUUAUCUUGCCUGUUAUUGAGCCCCGUUCAAAUGUCUUUGGGGAUCCAUUUCUGUUCUAGAACACUACCUAGAAUCAGACAGCAAUGAAAACAUCUGCUUAACAGUCCAGAUACUGUCUGUUCCUGCUCUCUUUCUCUCUCGUUCAUUCUCAUUUCUGUGCAAAAACCUCUGUGAAGCCGUUGUCUGUCCGUCUGUACAUUUUAAGAUUUUCAGCACUCCAAAUGCAAGCAACACAGCGUUCUUGUUUUACUAUUUUUGCACAUUUUUGAUGUAUAUGAUAAAAAAAAAAAACAAUUAUAAAAAAUAUGAAUGGGUGAAUCUCAUGAAA